AUGCUACUUCUCAGUCUACCAGGAAAAGAAAAAGCUAUCUAUGAUGAUGAUGAUGAUGAUGAUGAGGAAGAAGAUAAAGAAGAACAAGCACUGUUCUUCUACUUUGACUCGGUAGAAUCACUUCCAACGGAGCCACUGGAUUCCAGUGAUUUGAAACCAUUAAAUAGCCGUUAUGAUGCACAGAUUUCAGUUUUUGGGUCCAAGCUACAGAAGAAACUGGAGGAUGCCAAAGUAUUCAUGGUUGGAUCGAGCUGGUGCACUUGGAUAGUAACCUCAGUAGGCAGUUCCUUUUCCGUGAUUGGAACAUUGGGCAGGCAAAGUCUACAGUUGCCGCUUCUGCUAGCUGCUGCAUCAAUAAAUCCCCGUCUCAACAUUGUAGCGUUGCAGAAUAGAGUUGGCCCUGAAACUGAGAAUGUGUUUGAUGAUACCUACUGGGAGAAUUUAAGUGUUGUUAUUAAUGCACUAGAUAAUGUCAAUGCCAGGCUCUAUGUUGAUCAGCGGUGCUUAUAUUUCCAGAAGGCACUUCUUGAGUCGGGUACUCUGGGUGCGAAAUGCAACACUCAGAUGGUUAUUCCUCACCUAACAGAAAACUAUGGUGCCUCUAGAGAUCCUCCAGAGAAACAAGCACCCAUGUGUACUGUCCACUCAUUUCCACACAACAUUGAUCACUGUCUGACAUGGGCUCGAUCUGAGUUUGAGGGUUUGCUUGAGAAAACUCCAGCGGAAGUGAAUGCAUAUUUAUCCAAGCCAAGUGAAUAUACCGCUGCAAUGAGUAAUGCUGGGGAUACACAGGCCAGGGACACCUUGGAGCGUGUUCUUGAGGGCCUUUCCAGAGAAAGAUGCGAAACAUUCCAAGAUUGUAUUGCCUGGGCGCGCCUCAAGUUUGAAGAUUAUUUUUCCAAGGGGAAUUUGAUUCUACACCCAAAUUCACACACCCCUUUUAGAAUAAACCCAUCCAUAAGAGUGUUUUAAUAUACACCCAAACCA